AGCGAGAAGCUUUUGUGAUUUUGAGAGAGAGAGGGUGUUAAAAAAAAUUGAGGUUUUACGGGUACAACAGAUAUUGAAACGAAAGGAAAGACAUUUACUUGUUGUUAUCUCUGCAACACAGUCAUGGGUUCGCAUCAGCGUUCAUGGGGGGCCACCAUUUGGACCCUUCCGUCACCCCUCACGGGUUUCCUAUCCAUUAUUCUUAUUCUCCCUCUUCUUCAUCUCCUCUCUCAUCCUAUCUACCUGAGAAAUCUGCAAAUUUGUUCAUCUUUUCUAUCAAUAAACCAUCCAUGGAAGAACAGAAGAACCCCAUUUAUCACACUGAACUUUCUCGUUCGUCGGAGCCUUCAAAACCCAGUUCUUCACGCCAACCCCCACCCUCCUGUGAACACAACUUUCACUCGGUUCAGGUCCUGGUCUCAAUUGUGAGCACCUACAUUGCCCAGUUCCUCAAUGAUUUCGAGAAGAUACACUCUCUUCAAGUAAACUUCUUUUCGGGAAUUGCUUCUUCGAAGAAACCAGUUUUCUUUGAGUUCUCGGACCAAGCAAUUCUCGCAAACCUCUAUUGGGGAGUUCAGGCAUUGGAAAAAGCAUUACCCUCUAAGAACAAUGGAGUUAGAAUUUCUAAAUUGAGAAAUGCAGAAAAAUUGCUUCAAGUUCCAGCUUUAAUUGAUGAACAUGGAACAACAAAUGGGGUCUCCAACCGAUACAUCGUGGCUUAUGCUUAUUUUUAUCUCUCUAUGGUUUGGAAGCUUCAAAGAGAUGAAUGGCAAAUGACUCAUCACUUACUUCAUGCCUUUUUAGUUAAUCCUGGCUUGGUUCGCAAGGAAAUUCUACCUGAAUUGUGGGAGAAACUAUUUUUCCCUCACAUAAAUGAUACAAGAAAUGGUGAAGUUUUGGAUGAGAGAGAAAGGGUUUCUCCAGAGUUGGAUGAUGAUUUGAUUGAUGAAAAAACAAGGUGGGUUGCUAGGAGAUAUAAGGAUUUAUUAAUGUAUCACUGUGUCGUGGCAUAUGGAGGGACUCCCCAACCAUUAAGUGGAUUCAGUCGAGGGGAUGAAUGUCAACAUUCGGAUUUAUUUGAGAGAGAGGAUGCGGGACUGCUUCACUAUGAGGAUAAGGGGGUCUAUCCUCUCGGUACUUGUGGAAAUAUAAAUGAAGAAUACCAUUGUCAAUCUGCAGCUGCCGACUUUUCUUCUUCUAAAACUGAUUUUCGUAACUUGGGGAAUGAACGAUCAUUUUGUUCAAAGGUGGCUACAGUCUUCUCUGAAAUUGAUACAAGUCUGAAAGUCAAAUGCCUCCAAGAUUUCCUGAGGAGUUGCCAAUCGAAUACAUUUCCAUAUGAUACACUAAGUGCUUCCUCAGAAGGUGGUGAUAAGGUGGCAAUGUCGCAUCAUGGUGGAAGCUCACUAGAGAUUUUAACUACAUAUGCAGAAGAAGUUGGGGCUAAAUUUCGUGCAGGUGCAGGGAAACUCUUAACUUGUGGUUCGAUUACUCCAACCAUGGAAGCCAGAAAAAAUCUAUUUCAUGAGGAUACAUGUGAAGUCAAGACCAGUGAUUCCUCCAGCAGAUCACAUAAUUCACUCAGUGAUUUGAACUCCUCCUAUUCACCCAUCAGUUGUCCAUGCCAUGAGGCAUCUCUAUCUAUUGAAAAUGAUAGUUUUUCACUACUAAACCAUAGGAGGAGAGCUAUAGAAAGAAAAUUAGAAUUUUCAGGUGCCCAAGAAUGUUGUGAUGCUGCACAAUUUGGUAUUGAUAAUGGUAGGUUUGUAAAAGCAGUCAUAUUACUGUGCAGUUCCAAGGGCCUCAGAGAAUCUGAAAAUGCUGUUCUAGAAAUUUCGACCAUUUGGGGCAGUUUGGAAAGCAAAAGGGAAGCAAAGACUUUUCUCUUGAGGAAAGAUGUUAUCAACCAAUUAUUAUGUAUAGUGUCAGAUUCCAAAAUGGAUAUAGCUGUUAGGGAUUCAAUCUCUAUUUUGUCGGUGCUGAUAAAGGAGGAUUGGUCAAUUAUGGAACCCAUAAAGAAGGAUAAGAAAUUGUACGCCAUUGCCUGUGCACUCAAAAGAAAGAUAUUUGAAGCUUCUGUUCUUAUUUAUUUGUUGAAACCAUCACCAUCAGAGAUGAGAUCAUUGGAGCUUUUACCGGCACUCGUAGAGGUUAUUUCCUGUUCAAAUCAUUAUAUUGGUGGCCCCAUUUUGCUUCCCCUUAGGCCUUCUUCUGCAUCAAUGAUGAUGAUACGAGCACUAGUUACUGCAUUUGAUGCUUUGACAAAUAACAAGCAUCUAUCAGAAAUUCUAUCUCUUCGGAUAAUUCCUGGGUUAAUAAAUAUCAAUAAUAUUGAAGGUUUCGAAGAAAGGGUUUCUUCUGCAGCUAUUCUGGUGAAGUGUAUGAAAUUGGAUGGAACAUGCAGAAAUUUUCUCUCUCAAGUUAUUUCCAUCGCUCCAUAUGUCUACCUUCUUCAAAGUAAUGAUGAGCAUGCAAAAUCAGUUGCUCUCGAAUUCUUUUCUGAAAUACUCUGUUUGCCAAGGCCAUCUGCUAUCACUCUACUUCGUCAAAUACGAAAUGAGGGAAGCAUCAGCAUUAUGCAUACAUUGAUGGCCUGCAUCCCACAAGUCCGAUGUGAGCAUCGACCCCUGGCAGCUAUUCUCUUGCUUCAACUGGACAUGCUGGAUGAUUUGGGAGCCAACAGUGUAUUUAGAGAGGCAGCCAUAGAAGUACUGUUAGAAUCAGUUACAUGUGAAGGAAGUGUCAUGCAGAUAAUGUCCGCUUCGUCUCUUGCAAAUCUUGGUGGGAAUUUUACCUGGACAGGUGAACCAUCUAUUGUUGCACGGUUAGUGAAGAGAGCUGGUUUAAUAUCCCUAGAUCAUUGGCAUGUGAUGAGGGACUUGGGUCCUACGGAUCAAAGCCUGCAGGAAUAUGCGGACAUGGAAAGCUGGUAUAGCAAGAUAGCACGAAGCAUAAUUUUGACUGGAAAUUCUGCCUUUUAUGCUCUGAGGAAGGGACUCCAGAGCAAUAUACACCAGGUUUCAAGGGAUUGUCUCAUAGCCAUUGCAUGGAUUGGGUGUGAAUUCGCUGCAAUGGGAAGAGAUUCAAUUGGGUAUUCUGCUUGUGAGAUUUUAUUGCCCGGGGUAAUAGCCUUUCUGCAUCCUGGGUCAGAGCUGGAAGAGCGACUGCUAGCAUGUAUGAGUGUGUACAAUUAUGCUUUGGUUGAAGGCUUGCAAAAGCUUAUAAAAUACUCAGAAGAACUUGGAGAGUCACUCAGACGUCUUUCAAGUAUCACUUGGAUUGCAGAGGAACUAUAUGAAGUGAUUGAUUAUUCGGUUCCUAGUAAAUUGCCAUCGCCUUUAUCUUGUGCCCACAAACAAUUACUGGAGGCUGGCAGCAAUGGCAAUGGGGCUGCACAUGCUCUUCUAUACUACAAAGGACAGCUUUGUAGUGGACAUUCAGAUGGGUCAAUCAAGGUAUGGGAAAUCAAGCAGAAAAAAUCCAAGCUUGUACAAGUUAUUCGAGAGCACAAAAAAGCUGUGACAUGCUUUGCACUAUACAAACCAGGUGAUAGCCUUUUAAGCGGGUCCACAGAUAAAACUGUCAGGAUUUGGCAGAUGGUACACAGGAAUUUGGAAUGUAUAGCGGUAGUUGAAUUGAAGGAAUCUGUCCGAAAAGUUGAUGCAUUUGGCAAGGAGAUUUUUGUCAUAACUCAUGCCUCUGGGAUUAAGGUCUGUGAUGCUUCAGGAGUUAUUAAAGUCUUAAAUAAGAAGAGACGUGUGCAAAGCAUUAGUGUGGCCAAGGGGAAAUUAUAUAUUGGAUUCAGGGAUUCAAGCAUACAGGAGGUAGAUUUGUCAACCAAUUGCAGCCGGGAGAUUAAUGGAGGUGUAAAGAGUUGGAUAAAAAGUAAACCUGUGAACUCCAUUGCUAUUUUCAAAGACUGGAUUUAUAGUGCUGGUGCUACUGUGAAAGGUUCAAAUGUCAAGGUGUGGAGAAGGAAAGAUGGGUCCACUGUCUUGCGUGCCCUAGCUAGUGGUUCGAGUGUUUAUUUGAUGGCAGUAGUAGAGGAUUUCAUUUACUUGACUUGCAGUUCAGCAUCAAGCAUUCUUCAGAUAUGGCUAAGGGAGAAGUGUUGGAGCAUUGGGAGGAUCUCAGCUGGAUGCAAAAUUGCAAGCCUCUUGGCUGCAAAUGAUGUGAUUUUUUGUGGCCUGGAAAAUGGUUUAAUCAAGGGAUGGAUCCCUGUGUAGGAGCUAAAGCCGGUUCAUGCCUUGAGGUUCUGAUAUUAUUACACCUGCCUUAAUCCGGAAAAGGAGAAAAAAGUUUUGAAUUUUGAUUUGAUUCAUGAAUUCUGGUGUAAAUUUACUGCUUCCUGUACCAUAUAGAUCUUGAUCAUUGUACAUAAAACUAAGUACCAUUAGAAUGUUGUGAAAAUGUCUUUUUUCUAAUUUUCUUAUAAUGUUUUUACCGUGUAAAAUUCU